UGGAGACGGGGUGACAACACCGCGCGGCACGGACAGAAUGGAGGAGGCCCGGGAGCCGGAAGCACGGCUUUUCCCACAAGCAAUAAUGACAGUAAGAAGAGAGGAACAAUCCCCACCUAUAGGGAAGACAACAACUUGGACUGAUGUUGAAAGAAAACACACAAUCCUGAAAAAAGAACAAAAUUCUGAGAAAAAUGAGGCGGAUUCUCCUCUAACAAUACUCCAAUCUGAUGUGACUGAGAUUGAGGAAGACUUAUACUCUUCAUUAUCUGAUGACUUGAGUGAGCUAAGCGUUCUUUGUGAUAUGGAGUUUUCUUAUGAUUAUAGGACAUACUUUGAGAAGCACCUCAAGACUUUGCCCUGUGUUGGCCCUCCUACUAUCCUGGCCUACAAACGUGAAUCCUCUGAAGACCACCGGCUCCUGGCAAUGAUGAAGAUCCUAAGGGAACAGUCUGGGAAGGAACUGUGUGAAUUCUGUGGAAAACCGUUGAAACCAUUUCCUCUAGAAUAUACCAUAGAUGCAGCAUAUUCUAAUGAGAUUUUUUGCUGCAGGCAGUUUAGAAACAUGUUCCAGUCUCUGCUUCAAGAAGAGAAGCGCCUGCUUCAAAAAGAUGAAAUUGAGUUGAUCUCGGUUGCUCCUCAUGGGCCUUAUGGAAGUGAAGUAGAGAGACAAAAAGCGAAGGAGAAAACUGCACAGAGGCUAAGAGAAAGACAUAUGGCAAAAGUCUUUGAGUCAAUCGUGGCAGAGCCAACAACUAUCAAUGAAUAUGGAAGGCCGAUGAAAACCCUUUCCUACCAGCUUUCCAGUGCCCCUCCGGCAGGAGACAGCUGGACAGUUCUCCCAAGCAAUGAAAAUGCAGAAUCGUUUGAUCAAGAGCCAACCCUAUAUGACUUUACUAGUGAUACGAUGAUGCCGGAGAGAUUUCUUGAAAAAUACUACAAGACAGGAAAGAAAUUCCUCACAGUUUUUCCAGAUGGAAGUGCACAAAUUUUCUAUCCAUCGGGUAACCUGGCCAUUAUUAUUAUUCCAAGUAAAAUAGAAUCCAUCUGCAUUGUUCAAGAAGACAAAGAGCACAGCGCGGACAUCCUAGCAGUAUUUGGAUCUUCUGGGAAAGCUACUUGCUACCACCCAAACAAGAAUGUAUGGAUAAAUGUGGAUCCAGCGGGAGGACAGAACUCGGACAGCACAGGCAGCAGACUGAGGAGAUGGCAGUGGAAGAGCCCUGAUAUUGUCAAGCCUUGUGCUCAGUUCAAACCAAUCUUUCUAGCUCUGAAUCAUCAAGUGGGCAUCAGAAUAUUUGGACAAGAUCGGAUGUAUGUGACAUUUCUGGCAAUGGGGAAACAAGCAAAAUUCAACGUUGGAGGGAAAAAAGUGCCAUCACAGCCGGAGGGAAGAUAUGGCGAUCUGCAGAAGAAAUCAGCAGAAGAUGAAUUUAUGCUUCUUGCCAUCAAGAUCAAGUUCCUGAGCUUGCUGAAUAAAUGUCACGAAUGCCUGAAUUUCCCAUCGAAGCAGCAGUGGGACAGAGUCAAGCCGCCAUCAUUCCUUGUGACUCAGGCGCAGAAGCUCCUCUACCUCUGUGGUGUUUGUGACCUUAACAAGGAUGUCUGCUCAUCCAUCCAGGAAAUCUUAAGCAACUAUGUACCUUGUGACUCUCCCAAUUAGAAGUAGGAUUUCACAUUCAUGUCACAUAACUGGAUGAAAUGUAAU